AUGGACAACCAAAGCACGACUACUACUACUACUGCUGUAAGUGGGCGAGCAGCGAUGGCCACCACCAAUACUUCUGCUGUACUACCCGAAUAUGUCCAUCGGGUUCUAGAAAAUUUUCUUCUGAUCUGGCUUGAUGCCAAUCUUGAUGAAUCCAAAGAUGAUUAUAAAAAAUCAAUACAACAUUUACGACAUAUUGUAGCAGCGAUCACAACAUUUACAGAUCCUGACCAAUGUGUUGAUUUUCUAAGUGACAUUAAAGAUGAAAAAGUAUUCAUGAUUGUGUCUGGUGCACUGGGGCAAUAUAUAAUACCACAAAUUCAAGCAUGUUCACAAUUAGAUUCCAUAUAUAUUUUCUGUGACAAUCAAUCGGUUCAUGAACAAUGGGCGAAAACAAUUCCCAUAGUAAAAGGUGUGUACACACAAAUCGAGCUAAUUUGCCAUGCAUUACAAAUCGAUCGUGAACACUGUGAUAGAGCCAUGAUCCCGAUCAGCUUUGAUGGCAUCGAUCCUUUGUUUAUGUAUACGCAAUUGCUUAAAGAAACAUUUUUGGAAAUUGAUGAUGACGACGAUAAAUCCGUUAAAGAACUCGUUGAUUACUGUCGUCUUCGAGGUGAUAUCACUACAGAUUAUAUUGACAAGGUCGAGCAAGAAUAUCAUCUUCAUACACCCAUUUGGUGGUACACGGCCCCAUAUUUUAUGUUCUCGAUGCUCAAUCGUGGUCUCCGAUUAAUGGACGUCCACAUUAUACUCAAAAUGGGUUUCUUUAUUCGACAUUUACAUCGGUAUAUUGAAAACUUACAUCGUGAACAACAAUGCAGCGGAACGACGGCUU